CUCGUACCACAGAGGAUCUGUGUCCGCCGGCGCCUCCUCCGCUGACCAAAGGUCACAACAGCUCUGCGAGAAUUCCAUCCAGCCAAAAGCCAAUACGGCAAAAUCCUGCCCGGGCGCUCGGGCGCCGGCGCCAGCCACAGAUCCCAUCCAGGCAGCAGCCCCGGAUUCCCACAGGCCGCACGACGCGCACGCAGCCGGCCGAUCGCGCCCGAGCUGCCGUUGCCGGCUGGGCAAGGCAAGCAAAGCAGCCGCCGCACCCCACCCCAAGCAGCACGCGAUUCCCACAUCCUCCAGCCCUAGAACGCCCCGCCCCGCCGCCGAAUUAGAACUGCAAUUCACCGAGCCCAGCCCGAAUCAAUCGAACCCUUCCUCUCCUCCCCUUUCGUCGCCAGUUCGUCGAGCGGCGGCUGGCAUGGAUCCGCACCCGCCCUUCGACCACCCGCACCACCGCCGCGCCCACCCCGGCCACCACUACCCCGACCAGCACCGCCACCACUACCCCGACCAGCACCACCACUUGGCCGGCGGUGUCGGCGGCGCUGCCCCCGCGCGGUCCAGGUACGACUACGACUCCCACCCGAUCCAGUACCUCCCUUCCGACCACCAGCAACAGCACCAUCACCUCCUCCCGCGCGUCCACCACCCGCCGCUGCCGCCCCAGCCCCAGCCCCCGCCGCCGCCACCACCUCCCCCGCCACACCACCACCACGACGCCCCACACUACGCCGCCCUCCCGCUCCGCGCCGCACCGGAACCAUACUCCCCGCCGCUGUAUCCCCCUCCCCACCACCAGUACCACCAACAGCGUCACGGAAGCGACGACUUCCGCGCCGCCGACGAGAUCCGCCGCGUCCCCAGCCACCAACACCACCAUCCGCAGCAGCAGCAGCAGCUCCAUCACCAGCCGCCCCAGCUCCCAUGGGAGGAGGCUGAGGAGGAGAGGCGCCGCUAUGCCGCCCUCCAGCAGCGGUUAUUACCGCCCGACUCGCGGAAGAGGCACCGCUGCGCCAUACACGACUCGGGUGACAUCGAGAGCACCUCCAGCACUGGUCCACCUCCCCGCCGCCAGAGGCAGCACCUGCACACCAGCUACCCUCCGGAUGAUAGUUUUGUAUAUAGGACAACCACCUAUCCGGGUUACAGCAGGCAUGAGGGCUUCGUGGCGCACAGCGACUGUAAGGGUAACAGGAAGAUGCCGACAUCCACAUCGACUAUGCUGCCUGGCUCACCUCACUCUAUGGAUGCUGGGUGUCCAAGACGCACCCCGCAGAAGAGUGCCCCUGCGAGAGUGUGUGUGUGGCAGCGGAUUGAGGAGAAUCUCCCAGUGUAUGCGCCCCCGUCUUCUCCGCGGCAGGUGCUAAAGGAAGUGCAUAUUUCACCCUGCAAGACGAAGAACACUGGGACUGCAUUGAAGGAAUUGGCCAGUGUGAUUUCUCUGGAUUGCAAGGUGAAGAGUUCUGAUUCUAAGGAUAGUGGUGAUAAUGCAGGAUUGAAGAAGAGUACUGGAAAGAAAAAUGAGAAGGUGUUGGCCUCGGUGCUUGUGAAGCCUUCACCAGAGCCCAAGGAAAAAGAAAGGGCUGUUAAAAAGGUCACCAUGAAGACUGAUAAGGUUCAAAAUAAUGUUGUGGGUUUCACUAGUGGAAGUCUGGGCUCGACUGCUUGUCCUGGAGCUGGUGUGAAGCAAGUGAAAAAAAUAUUCAUCAAGAAGAUUGUUAGGAAGAUCAGUGCUAAAGAUAAACAAACGAGUACUUCAAUAGUCUCAGACAGGAAGGAUAGUAUCGAUGUGAACUCAAAUGCUUGUGAGAAGGAAGAAGGUGAGAUCACAACGUCAUCUUUUGAAAAGGAUGUUAUUUAUGCACACAAUUUGGUCAGCACUAGCGAUACAACUGGUGUUGGUAAUAGUGUGGAGGCUGACAAGGAACAAAAUGACGACUUGAUGAAUCUGAGCAAAAGCAAUGCUGCUUCAGCCAUUGAACCUACAGAUAUUCUUGAUACAGCAAGUGUUAGCGGGAGUCAACAUCCUGAAAAAGAAGACGAUAGAAGCUUCAUGAAUUCAAGUGAUAUUAAUGCUGCUUCAGUCAUUAAAUCUACUAAAGUACUUGGUACAACUAGGAAUGAGCAUUAUGGGAAAGAAGAGGAUAUGGAUUCCAUGGAUUCAGGUGGUGAAAAUGCUGCUCUUCUGUGUGGGAAUGGUAACUCUCAUAAGGAAGAGGGCAUGUCUGUUUCAGGUUUAAUGAACGUUGCAGUUUCUAAGGUUAUGAGUGAAAAUAAUGCUGUCUCUGUGGAUGUAGUUAAGGAUGAUACAAAAGAUGAUACAAGGCCAGUUUGUGGAAGUGAGAAUGGCAGGAGGGAAGAUAGUAAUAUAUUGAUUGGUUCAAAUGAAGAAGGUGAGCUCCUUGUAAAUAAUUCCUUUAGUAGUCCUAGUACAGCUGAAGUUAGUGUGGCCGCGUGCAAGGAUGUUCACAGAAAAGAGGGUAUUAUUUUGAUGGGUUCAAGUGAAAUGUGCGUUGCUUCUUUAGGUGACUCCGUCAAAGCUUCUACUUCUGUGACACACCAUGAGAAGGCUCCUAAUACAUUGGAAGUUAGCAUGAAUGGGAAUAUUCAGAAGAAAGAGAGCCAGAUGCCCGUUGAUUCAAGUGCUUCUCAAACAAUACAGCAUGUAGAAGCUCCUAAUACAGCUAAAGUUUUUAUCAAUGAGUUCGUUGGGAGUGAAGUGGGUAAGAGUCCCAUGGAGUCAAAUGAAAUGCAUCUUGGCACUUUUGAUAAUUCUGUGUAUACUCCAGAAUUUGUUGUAGCUGGUGGAACUGAUGAUAGCUGCAUUCAAGAGCUUCUCCAUGAUGAGAAAACUGCUUUAAAUAAGACAGAUUUGCACCUGGAAGUUGCAGAUAUGGAGUUCUCGGAUCUGUCAUUAUCCAGAAAUGUAGAGAGCAGAAUUGUGCCGCUGGAUAGUGAUCCCAUGGAGGAUUCCUCUGGUGCUGUUAUUUUGAAUAAUGAUGUAGGAAAGAACACUACAUCUGAAGCACCAGAACUGAUGCAUCUUCAUAGAGCACAUUUGUCUCCUGACAACAAUUUAUCCUUGUUACAUUCCUGUGAUUUUACAUCUGUAUCUGGUAAUAGUGAGCACUCUGUUCCUACAGCUCUGACCCUUGGUAAUAAUAUCUAUUUCAGUAGUGCUGACAGUGAGGGACAGCCUGAGGAAAACCAUAAGCUAAUGGAAGGAAACCAAGGAUUGAAUGUUGUGACGGUGGCGGAAUUUGGUAAUAUCGACAAAAGAAAAGGUGAAUCUGGCAAUGACUUGAUCAAUGCUGGUGUUCAGAACUGGUUGACUUUACCACUGGCAGCCAACUAUGUAAAUAAUGAUGCUGCUGUUAGUAUGGAUAGGUUUGGUUUGGACCAGAUUGUGGAUGAACGCACUUCUGUUUGUCAGGAUCAUGAUAGUAUGCCAGAUAUGGACCAGCGUGGGAGUAUUGAUGCGUUCUUUUGUCAGGGUCACAGCCUUAAGCUAUGUGGUAGCAAUAUGCCACAAUCUGACUUGUUGGCACCCAAAGAGAGAAAUAAGGAUGUUGAGAAUGAGAGUGGCAUUGUUCUCCCAGGCUCUUCUGUUAGUUCUGCAGAUGUUUUAGGUCAAUAUAGCUAUCGCACGAGGGAUAAACCUAUAGAUAACACUAAGAAACCCAUUCUCAUAUCUUCACAAUCUGCUGGUGCAACAGGUGGAGGGUUAGCUUCUUCUCAGGUAUAUGUUGAUCUCGAUCACACCUAUCGCAGUAAUACUGAGGAUCCUGUGAUUGAGUCAAGCACAAAGCCUGAUUUGUUACCUUCUUGGAUCAAAGCCAUUGUUUCAGAAGCUAAAAAAGAACGUCAUCCAUGCCAAUCCACUCUAUUUUCUAUUAGUUCUCCAGACAAGUUAUUAGGACCAAAGGAGGAUACCAAGAAGGCAGUGUCGGAUUCAGUAGUAAUCUCUGCAGUAAUAUCUCCUCCCAGGAUGAAUAUAACAAGUUCCACAAUUCCCAAGGUACCUAGUAAGCAGGUGGCUUUGCCCAGUUCAUCCCGAGAGGCCCCUCGCUUAAACCAGAAUGCAAGGCACAGAACAUGGCAUCGUGACAAUAUGUCAUCUUCUAAUUCAUCUUUGCAUGCUUCGCAGCCUUCAGGAUUGCCCCCUAAACUACCACUGAAGAAGAAUGGCAAAACUCAAAACUCUUAUAUCCGCAAGGGUAAUGCCCUCAUUAGAAAUCCAGCUACCGGAAAUCAUCCUCAUUCUUCUUCUAGCCUGGAUGCUCAAAAUAAGUUGAGUAGGCCCGUUAUGCUGAGAAGCUUGAACUUUGUCAGGAAAGUUGAUUUAAACGAUGCUGUAGCACAUUCUAAUAUUUCAGUUGAAAGACCCAAGACUCCACCUUUGCCACUUCACACCAAAUCCAUCAGUUGCACUAUGAACCUUUCAGAGCCAUUGUAUCCGACAUUGCAGAAGCAGCAGGUUCUUGAAACCGAAAAGGAAGAUUCUAUUGGGCAGGUUUAUUCAGUUGUUGACAACCCAAGCGUUAUUAGUGUUCAGAAAUCUGAACCCCUGGAUGCUAGUAAAGUGGUUUAUGUAAGACCAAAGUCAAAUCAAUUAGUUUCUGCACAGGGGCAACAACUUGGUGACUCAACUAACAGUUCGAUGGAUAAGGUUCAUUCAUUGCAGCCAUCCAUAACAUCUGAUCUCUACUUCAAGAAAAGGAAAAAUCAGAUUGUUUUGGGUUCCUCCACUUCUGAUGUUCCGAGUGCAAAAUAUAUGUCUCAGGCUGAGAAUUUAAACUCAGGUGAGAGUAAAGUUCUAAUGUUUGCAUCCUCCAACAAUAAUAUAACUGUGGCCAAGGACAGACCAAAUAAAGCUCUUCAGAUAACAAAUACGGUGGGAAGUUUCUCUCACGUGUGGACACUUAGUGGACAACAUCCACAGAAGAAACCUUUUGUGGGAACUAGUCAUAUGAAGGCCUUUCCACGUAUACUUCCAUGGAAAAGAAAAGUAUUCUGCCAGAACAUCAGACGCAGUUACUCUCCAUUGUUGAGUACAAGCUCCUUAGGAAUAGUCAGAAAACUACUGCAAACAAGGAAGAGAGGUACGAUUUAUACUGUCUCUACUGAUGGAUUCUCUCUACGGAAAUCUGGGGUGUUAAGUAUAGGUGGAUCAAGUUUGAAAUGGUCAAGGUCCCUUGAUAAAGAUUCUCAAAAGAUCAAUGAGGAUGCUACGCUUGCAGUUGCUGAAGUAGAAAGAAAGAAAAGAGGGAAGAGAAAGCGACAAUCUCUCCGUAACAAGGGAAGAAAUGAUCAAUACUCUGUACCUGUUGCUGCCAAUCACUUAAGAAAUAACGACAAAGCAUCUUCAGAUUCAAGGGUGUCAUCAACUUGCAACGACAGAUAUGUGCGCGUUAACAAGGGUAACCAACUGGUCAGAAAUCCAAAGAAAGUAAUCCGCAUGCUAGCAAGUGAGAAAGUAAGAUGGAGUUUGCACACUGUUAGAUCACGCUUGGCGAAGAAACAACAGUACUGCCAAUUCUUCACUCGCUUCGGCGAGUGUAAAAAAUCUGGGGGCAAGUGUUCCUAUAUUCAUGACCGAGCUAAAGUGGCUAUCUGUACUAAAUUUCUUAAAGGCUUGUGUUCUAAUACUAGUUGCAAACUGACUCACAAGGUCCUUCCAGAAAGAAUGCCUGAUUGUUCUUACUUUCUGCGAGGUGAUUUAUUUCAGUGUCACCGCACCCUUUUUUUUACCUUCUGUUUGCUUACAUACAUGUUUGGCUCGCUAGCAGGACUCUGUACCAACACAGCCUGUCCCUAUAGACAUGUGAAAGUGAACUCGAAUGCACCUGUUUGUGAAGCUUUUUUGAAGGGAUACUGUGCUGAUGGUGAUGAGUGUCGUAAAAAGCACAGCUAUGUAUGCCCCACCUUUGAGGCUACUGGAGAGUGCCCACAACAAUCAAGAUGCAAGCUUCAUCACCCCCAAAAAAUAAUCAAAUCCAAGAGAAGCAGAGUAGAGACCCUCCACAACAGCUGGGGCCGGUAUUUUGACACAAGCAUUGACCAUGACAGUGAGGAAAGGGUAGUUUCUUCAGAAGAAGAGCGGCAGAAAUGGGAACAUGUCUCUGGUGGGGACCUUGCUGACUUCAUUGACCUUGGUGCGGAUAGUGAUGGUGCUGUGGAUGUGGAUGCUUCGGAUGACAUACAACUUUUGGAAUUGGACUCGGGGAAUCUCAAGAUGCAGGCUGAUAAUCUUGAUGCGCUAAUCAAGCCACUUGGGAUAAUGAGAACAGCAAGAGUUUGACAAAGUAUUUGAUUGGCCUAGACACAGUUCCUGUGUUAAUACCGCUCGGUGCACCUUCUGGUUCGGCACGAUCUGUUACAUACACUCUUGUAUGAGGCUGAGGCACUGACUGGAGUUUCUCUUCAAGACUUAGGAAGGGAACCGUGGCUUGACGGUUCGUUUUGUUCAUCCUGUAUAGACAUCACAUAGGGAAUAGGUUUCACGUGCCUCAGGCAGAUAAGAGUGAUUUGCUGUAUUACUUGUGUGUGUGUUUUCAACAUAUCCAGAGUUGAAUGUAACAAACGAUCAUUUAUAGUUAGAAAAGAAAUGAAGAGCGUAUUUUUACA